AUGUCGUCAGCUUCGACGGAUCAGCCCGUGUCAAGAGAGGUGGAGGCGCCUACAGCGCGAUCUUGUGGAGGCUUCCCGAAUGGAGAGUGCUUGACGGUGAAUGAGGCAGAAUACCAUGGUCUGCUACUAUGUCUGGAUCUGCUGGAAGAUCUGGAUCCACAGCGUCUGGUGAUCUGCGGAGACUCAAACCUGGUAAUCCGGCAAGGUAAGGCGCCAGAUCUGACACUGUUACGUCAACGAGCCCUGAAUCGACUACGUACGUGGCCAGAUCAUGAACUAUUGCAUGUCAAACGAGACUGGAAUGGGAGUGCUGACAGCCUAGCGAGUGCUGCUCUACAACGGCAGUGUGGGAUCGAGAUAGAUUCUGACGCGGAGAUCCAGGAUCUCAUAACGUUAAAUCGAUUGGAUGAGAUCCUGAUAGUGAAAAUUGAAGAAGAGAUCGCACAGGUAUCAGUUGUGACGACCCGAUCUAAGGCUAGAUCGGGA